AUGGCCAUCGCUGCAAUCGGCCAAAUUUGCUCGACAGCAUCCCUCGCUCACAACCUGGAGCAAUGUGUCCGACUUGUUGCUAAAGCAGCAGCUAGCAAUGCGAAGGUCCUCUUCCUCCCCGAGGCAGCUGAUUAUAUUGCAUCUACUCCUCAAGAAUCGCUUGCACUCGCGCUUCCGCAAGACGAGUCUCCAUUCGUCAUCGGCCUUCAAGACGCUGCACGGAAGCAUUCUCUCGCUGUUAAUGUCGGAAUCCACGUGGCUGCAGAUGGCAUAUCCUCUAAGCUGCUGAAUAGGUCCCUCUGGAUCAACUCUGACGGCACAAUUAACCACGCUGCCACCUACGACAAACUCCAUCUCUUUGACUAUGGCUCCCUCCGCGAGUCGGCCACCGUCCGGCCCGGCACCGCGCUAACGGCGCCGUUCGCCAGUCCUCUCGGGUUGAACAUUGGCUCACUCAUCUGCUUCGACCUACGCUUUCCGGAGCCCGCCUUGGCUCUGGCCCAACCGGGUGCUGGGAGCCCAUUUGCUGCAACCAAGGCGCACGUGCUCCUCUAUCCAUCUGCCUUCACACCACGGACAGGACGUGCUCAUUGGGAGGUCCUGUUACGUGCCCGAGCCAUCGAGACGCAGAGCUGGGUCGUAGCAGCGGCGCAGGUCGGACGGCACAACGGGAAAAGAAGCAGCUACGGACAGAGCCUAGUCGUCGACCCCUGGGGCAGCGUCAAGCUCGAGUUGGGAGGGAUCGAUAGCGAGGGCACUGCCGAAGAGGGCGCUGAAGGGGCAAUUGGAUUUGUUGACAUUGACAUGGAGGUUGUGUACAAGGUGAGAGAGGAGAUGCCUCUGGCAAGACGAACGUGA